AUGCCCCUGGCCAGCCCCGGCCCGCCCCUGGCCAGCCCCGGCCCGCCCCGGGUCAGCCCCGGCCCGCCCCGGGCCCGCCCCGGCCCGCCCCGGGCCCGCCCCGGGCCCGCCCCGGGCCCUCCCCGGGCCCUCCCCGGGCCCUCCCCGGGCCCGCCCCGGGCCCGCCCCGGGCCCGCCCCGGGCCCGCCCCGGCCCGCCCCGGGUCAGCCCCGGCCCAUGCCCCGGGUCAGCCCCGGCCCAUGCCCCUGGCCAGCCCCGGCCCGCCCCUGGGCCAGCCCCGGCAGCCCCCGGGUCCAGCCCCGGCCCGCCCCCCGGGUCAGCCCCGGCCCCCGCCCCCCGGGUCAGCCCGGCCCGCCCCCGGGUCAGCCCCGGCCCGCCCCCCGGCUCAGCCCGGCCGCCCCCCGGGUCAGCCCCGCCCGCCCCCCGGGUCAGCCCCGGCCCGCCCCCCGGGUCAGCCCCGGCCCCGCCCCCGGGUCAGCCCGGCCCGCCCCCCGGGUCAGCCCCGGCCCGCCCCCCGGGUCAUCCCCGGACACGCCCCCCAGGGGUCAGCCCCGGCCCGCCCCCGGGUCAGCCCCCGGGCCCGCCCCCCGGGUCAGCCCCGGCCCGCCCCCCGGGUCAGCCCCGGCCCGCCCCCCGUGGUCAGCCCCGGCCCGCCCCCCGGGUCAGCCCCGGCCCGCCCCCGGGUCAGCCCCGGCCCGCCCCCCGGGUCAGCCCCGGCCCGCCCCCCGGGUCAGCCCCCGGCCCGCACCCCCGGGUCAGCCCGGCCCCCCCCGGUCAGCCCCGCCCCCCCCGGGUCAGCCCCGGCCCGCCCCCCGGGUCAGCCCCGGCCCGCCCCCCCGGGUCAGCCCCGGCCCGCCCCCCGGGUCAGCCCCGGCCCGCCCCCCGGGUCAGCCCCGGCCCGCCCCCCGGGUCAGCCCCGGCCCGCCCCCCGGGUCAGCCCCAGGCCCGCCCCCCGGGUCAGCCCCGGCCCGCCCCCGGGUCAGCCCCGUCCCGCCCCCCGGGUCAGCCCCGGCCCGCCCGCCCGGGGUCAGCACCCGGCCCCGCCCCACCGGGUCAGCCCCGGCCCGCCCCCCGGGUCAGCCCCGGCCCGCCCCCACGGGUCAGCCCGGCCCGCCCCCCCGGGUCAGCCCCGGCCCGCCCCCCGGGUCAGCCCCGGCCCGCCCCCCGGGUCAGCCCCGCCCGCCCCCCCGGGUCAGCCCCGGCCCGACCCCCGGGUCAGCCCCGGCCCCCCCCGGGGUCAGCCCCGGCCCGCCCCCCGGGUCAGCCCCGGCCGCCCCCGGGUCAGCCCCGGCCCGCCCCCGGGUCAGCCCCGGCCCGCCCCCGGGUCAGCCCCGGCCCGCCACCCGGGUCAGCCCCGGCCCGCCCCGGGUCAGCCCCGGCCCGCCCCCCGGUCAGCCCCGGCCCGCCCCCGGGUCAGCCCCGGCCCGCCGCCGGGUCAGCCCCCGGCCCGCCCGGGUCAGCCCCGGCCCGCCCCGGGUCAGCCCCGGCCCGCCCCCGGGUCAGCCCCGGCCCGCCCCGGGUCAGCCCCGGCCCGCCCCGGGUCAGCCCCGGCCCGCCCCGGUCAGCCCCGGCCCGCCCCGGGUCAGCCCCGGGCCCGCCCCCCCGGGUCAUGCCCCGGCCGCCCCCGGGUCAGCCCCGGCCCGCCCCCGGGUCAGCCCCGGGCCCGCCCCCCGGGUCAGCCCCGGCCCCGCCCCCGGGUCAGCCCGGCUCAGGACCCGGCACGCCCCGGAAUCAGCCCCGGCACCCGCCCCCGGGUGCAGCCACCGGCCCGCCCCCGGGUCAGCCCCGGACCCGCCCCCGGGUCAGCCCCGGCCCGCCCCCCGGGUCAGCCCCGGCCCGCCCCCGGGUCAGCCCCGGCCCGCCCCCGG